UACUAAUUAAAUAGUUUAGGCUUUCCCUUCUGAUUCUAUACACUAAAAAGAACUGUGAAGGUCCGAAUCGUGACCCACAUGCCUGUAUUACAUCAGAACUUUACAGAUUUGCAUGUUGUUCUCACUGCUUCUUUUCUUAUGAGGGAUGGCUAAGUGCCUGCACCUUCUUGUCUGGUGCAGAGGGUCAAAAGAACCCUAAAACCACAGCAAAAAGCAAGUGGAGAAUACAAUUGGUUCUGUUCAGUAUCUUUUCCUGCCAUCGUAAUUACUCUCUCUAAUUCACUCUUCUUUCUGCUUAUGAACACCAUGUUGGCAGAUCCAGCAGGUUAAACUAAUGGCACCAGAACUGCUGCUGGUUUUGCAUGGAGGGUUGAUCAUGUCUGGGCACUGAUAUAUAUCAACUGCAAGUUGAUGUUGUAUCUAAAGAUUACCAGCUAUGGAAGAACAUGCAUAUGAUGAGAGGACAGGCCAAACCAGAUUAUGUAUGGUCCCCCUUCUACCCUUCUUCUCUCUUACCAUCUCAAAGGUCUUUGGCAUUCCUUUCCUGCCCUUUUCCUCCUCUUCCUUUGGUGUGAGAUCAGUCUAUCUUAUCUUGUUUCCACCCUUCCGAUCUGAUUAGCUCAAUGCUUAAUUCACCUACCUUGUUCAGGGAAGCUGUUGCAGCAGUCUGCCAUAGGCAUAUCAAAGAAACAUCUCUCUCUCUCUCUCUCUCUCUCUCUCUCUCUCUCUCUCUCUCUCUCUCUCUCUCUCUCUCUCUCUCUCUCUCUCUCUUCUUGGAGAGCCAGUGGGAUUCACUAGCGAUACAGACUCGUCAGCAAGCAGCCUCCUUCCUUCUGCCUUAUUUUUCGGGCUUCGGCCUAUCAAGAGAAGGGAAGAAAAGAGAAAUGCCUUGAAGCGUAGGAGAUCAAGGCUGGAUCUGUAUUCUUUCAAGAACUGAAAGCUUCAGGGUUGAGUCAUGGAGGCGUUUAGGGUAUACGACACCUCCUCGUCUUCUCCCUCUGUUCCCCCAUCGGAGAAUGGACAAGCGCCGGCGGCUCCUCUUUUAGAUCGCGAGCACAUGUUCGACAAGGUGGUGACACCGAGCGAUGUCGGGAAGCUGAACCGCCUCGUGAUCCCAAAGCAGUACGCGGAGAGGUUCCUCCCCCUCGACCCGUCUCUUGCCGUCAAGGGCCUCAUCAUGUCCUUUGAGGACCUUGCUGGCAAGGAAUGGUGCUUCCGCUAUUGCUACUGGAACAGCAGCCAGAGCUACGUCAUGACCAAGGGGUGGAGCCGCUUCGUGAGGGAGAAGCAGCUCGCUGCAGGCGACACCGUGUCCUUCCUCCGCAGCGCCGGCAACGCUGGGCAGGACCGCCUCUUCAUCGACCUGCAGCACCGCCCUCCGCUUCCCAUCACGCAGUUCUCUCUUCCCGGACGACCAGUGGGACAGUGGAGCGGAUUCAUCGCAUCGUCCUUCUACUACCGAUCGGCAUGUCCGCGACAUGUAGGGGUGGAAGCAGAUGCAGGUAGGAGUGACAUGGUGAGCAUGCCGCUGGUCCCAGGCUCAGUUCCGGUGGUCUUCGGCACAGCUAAGCCAAAGCAGCUCAGGCUGUUCGGAGUAAACCUAGAGUGGCCCGACGCGGAGGGCAGCAGCAACUCCCAAUCCCCGCCAUCAUUGCAGCCUGCUCGCUGGUGGAGCACCUGAGGUGCUGAGUCCACUCACUGACAACAGCCAGGAAUAGCCAGCCAAUGUACCUGCAAUCACAAUGCAGUGAGGAAGGAAUAAGGAAGAAGGCAUCCUCUCUCCAUAUAUGUGGUUUAGACCCCACCAUUGUGUCGAUUGUGUAGCACAUAGCAAUUGAGCUGAAGCACUUGUGAUGAGAAGGAAGGGGAAGGAAGAACGAGAUGUCGCUACUGCUGUACUCAUUUUUAUUCAGCUGAAACUAUUUGAUUGGU